UAAUGCAAGCUCUCCUCCUGUAAAUGGAACAUCAGCACCACCAAGGAUUCACAACAAUGGACACUUCAGCUGCAACCACAACAGCUACUCCACCACCAGAGCCAAAAAUUAAGUUGGGAUUCAAGUUGGAAGAGACAUUUAAACCACAGCUUACAAACAAAUCUUCACCAGAAUUCAAAGAAUUAGAAGACAAAGUAACCACAGCCCUCAAUGCAGUGUAUUCAGAAAAAUUUGGCUCAAGCUUCAAUCGAACUAUCAUCAAGAGCUUCAGUCAAGGUUCCGUGGUGGUAGAUGCUGAGCUGAUAUUCAAUAAUGUAACCAUGCUACCAAAUGGCAGUUCUGCGGCUCAAACUUUGCAAGAUGCUGUUUCCAGCUCAAAUUUUUCCCUCAGUGUCAAUGCAACAUCUAUUACUGCAGCAGUUGUGUUAGCACCGACUCAAGCCCCAGCCACAGUUGCACCUUCAACACUGAUGAGUACAACUCCCACAACAGUCAAUGCAACCUCAACACCAGUCAACAUGACCUCACCACCACUCAACACAACCUCACCACCACUCAAUGCAACCUCACCACUAGUCAACCCAACCUUACCACCAUUCAAUGCAACCUCAGCACCAGUCAACAUGACCUCACCUCCACUCAACGCAACCUCACCACCAGUCAACAUGUCCUCACCACCACCCAACGCAACCUCACCACCAGUCAACAUGACCUCACCACCACUCAAUGCAACCUCACCACUAGUCAACCCAACCUUACCACCAUUCAAUGCAACCUCAACACCACUCAACAUGACUUCACAAUCACUCAAUGCAACCUCACCACUAGUCAACCCAACCUUACCACCAUUCAAUGCAACCUCAACACCAGUCAACAUGACCUCACCACCACUCAACGCAACCUCACCAUCACUCAAUGCAACCUCACCACCAGUCAACAUGACCUCACCACCACUCAACGCAACCUCACCACUAGUCAACCCAACCUCACCACCAGUCAACAUGACCUCACCACCACUCAACGCAACCUCACCACCAGUCAACAUGACCUCACCUCCACUCAAUGCAACCUCACCACUAGUCAACCCAACCUCACCACCAGUCAACACAACCUCACCACCACUCAAUGCAACCUCACCAUUAGUCAACCCAACCUCACCACCAGUCAACAUGACCUCACCACCACUCAACGCAACCUCACCACCAGUCAACAUGACCUCACCUCCACUCAAUGCAACCUCACCACUAGUCAACCCAACCUCACCACCAGUCAACACAACCUCACCACCACUCAAUGCAACCUCACCACCAGUCAACAUGACCUCACCACCACUCAACGCAACCUCACCAUCACUCAAUGCAACCUCACCACCAGUCAACAUGACCUCACCACCACUCAACGCAACCUCACCAUCACUCAAUGCAACCCUACCACCAGUCAACAUGACCUCACCACCACUCAACGCAACCUCACCACCAGUCAACAUGACUUCACCACCACUCAACCCAACCUCACCACUAGUCAACCCAACCUCACCACCACUCAAUGCAACCUCACCAUUAGUCAACCCAACCUCACCACCAGUCAAUGCAACCUCACCACCAGUCAAUCCAACCUCACCACCACUCAACAUGACUACACCACCAGUCAGUGCAACCUUACCACCUCCAGUUACCACAAUUCAAUUCCCAGGUAAUGCAAGCUCUCCUCCUGUAAAUGGAACAUCGGCACCACCAAGAAUCACAACAAUGGGCACUUCAGCAGCAACCACAACAGCUACUCUACCACCAGAGCCAAAAAUUAAGCUGGGAUUCAAGUUGGAAGAGACAUUUAAACCACAGCUUACAAACAAAUCUUCACCAGAAUUCAAAGAAUUAGAAGACAAAGUAACCACAGCCCUCAAUGCAGUGUAUUCAGAAAAAUUUGGCUCAAGCUUCAAUCGAACUAUCAUCAAGAGCUUCAGUCAAGGUUCCGUGGUGGUAGAUGCUGAGCUGAUAUUCAAUAAUGUAACCAUGCUACCAAAUGGCAGUUCUGCGGCUCAAACUUUGCAAGAUGCUGUUUCCAGCUCAAAUUUUUCCCUCAGUGUCAAUGCAACAUCUAUUACUGCAGCAGUUGUGUUAGCACCGACUCAAGCCCCAGCCACAGUUGCACCUUCAACACUGAUGAGUACAACUCCCACAACAGUCAAUCCAACCUCACCACCACUCAACAUGACUACACCACCAGUCAGUGCAACCUUACCACCUCCAGUUACCACAAUUCAAUUCCCAGGUAAUGCAAGCUCUCCUCCUGUAAAUGGAACAUCGGCACCACCAAGAAUCACAACAAUGGGCACUUCAGCAGCAACCACAACAGCUACUCUACCACCAGAGCCAAAAAUUAAGCUGGGAUUCAAGUUGGAAGAGACAUUUAAACCACAGCUUACAAACAAAUCUUCACCAGAAUUCAAAGAAUUAGAAGACAAAGUAACCACAGCCCUCAAUGCAGUGUAUUCAGAAAAAUUUGGCUCAAGCUUCAAUCGAACUAUCAUCAAGAGCUUCAGUCAAGGUUCCGUGGUGGUAGAUGCUGAGCUGAUAUUCAAUAAUGUAACCAUGCUACCAAAUGGCAGUUCUGUGGCUCAAACUUUGCAAGAUGCUGUUUCCAGCUCAAAUUUUUCCCUCAGUGUCAAUGCAACAUCUAUUACUGCAGCAGUUGUGUUAGCACCGACUCAAGCCCCAGCCACAGUUGCACCUUCAACACUGAUGAGUACAACUCCCACAACAGUCAAUGCAACCUCAACACCAGUCAACAUGACCUCACCACCACUCAACGCAACCUCACCAUCACUCAAUGCAACCUCACCACCAGUCAACAUGACCUCACCACCACUCAACGCAACCUCACCACUAGUCAACCCAACCUCACCACCAGUCAACAUGACCUCACCACCACUCAACACAACCUCACCACCAGUCAACAUGACCUCACCUCCACUCAAUGCAACCUCACCACUAGUCAACCCAACCUCACCACCAGUCAACAUGACCUCACCACCACUCAACACAACCUCACCACCAGUCAACAUCACCUCACCUCCACUCAACGCAACCUCACCACUAGUCAACCCAACCUCACCACCAGUCAACGUGACCUCACCACCACUCAACGCAACCUCACCACCAGUCUCAACCAUGUCACCUCUAGGUAAUGCAACCUCCCAACCAAUAACUGGAACAUCAGCACAACCAGUUAUCACAACUGUUAUCACAACUCAGACAACAACAGAUGCCCCAUCUGCAGAAUCAAAGAUCAUGUUGGGAUUUAAGUUGAAGCAAACUUUUACAAAACAACUUGCAAACCAAUCCUCUGAUGAGUUCAAAGCAUUGGCAAACAAAGUAAAAAGGACACUUGAUGAUGUCUAUUCAAAACAAUAUGGAAGUCGUUUCCUUCGAUCUGAGAUAAACUCUUUCAGUGAAGGUUCAGUUGUGGUAAAUGCUGAGCUAAUAUUCCAAAAUGCCAGCUCAGUCCCAGAAAACAGUGCUGUGGCAAAUGUACUGGCGGAGGCAGCGUCCAACAGUUCCAACUUCUCCAUUCCACUGAAUGUAACAAGCAUUGUUGCAACAAGAAUAAGUACACCAACAGCCGCACCUACAUCUGUUCCUACUAUGCCUAUCACCUCAGCUGCUGUCAAUGCUACAGCUGCUCCAUCUGCUGCCCCUAAUGCUACAACUGUCCUGACUACAGUUCCAACUGCUGCUCCCAAUGUUACAGCUCCUCCAACCGCUGCUCCUAAUGCAACAGCUGCCCCUACAGCUGCUUCCACAGCUGCACCAACUACGUCAACCACCACUACAUCAACAAAUCCUCCUACAUCCAGUGAGGGAACCCUGGGUCUUGCAUUCAGUCUCAACCAAACAUUUACAUCAGAUCUCUCAGACUCAUCCUCAGCUGCAUUUAAGUCUUUAGCUGCAUCAGUGGUCAAAGAGGUAAACAAAGUAGGUCAAAAGGUGUAUGGAUCAUCUUACAGUCGCUCUAUUGUCAACAAGUUCACGAGUGGAUCAGUGGAUGUCGACAUGACUCUUGUGUUCACUAAUAAAAACUCAGUUCCUUCAGCAAGCAAUGCAACUUCAGAAUUCAGCAGUGAACUCACUAGCAGCUCUUCCUCCCUGAACAUUGUAUCAGGCAGUGUUCGUGCAACUUCCUCUUCUUCUUCCACCGCUGCACCUAAUGUUACAGCCACCCCAACUGCAGCUCCAACUGCAGCUCCUAAUGCUACAGCUGCUUCAACUGCAGCUCCAACUGCAGCUCCAACUGCAGUUCCUAAUGCUACAGCUGCUUCAACUGCAGCUCCAACUGCUGCUCCUAAUGCUACAGCUGCUUCAACUGCAGCUCCAACUGCAGCUCCUAAUGCAACAGCUGCCCCUACAGCUGCUUCCACAGCUGCACCAACUACGUCAACCACCACUGCAUCAACAAAUCCUCCUACAUCCAGUGAGGGAACCCUGGGUCUUGCAUUCAGUCUCAACCAAACAUUUACAUCAGAUCUCUCAGACUCAUCCUCAGCUGCAUUUAAGUCUUUAGCUGCAUCAGUGGUCAAAGAGGUAAACAAAGUAGGUCAAAAGGUGUAUGGAUCAUCUUACAGUCGCUCUAUUGUCAACAAGUUCACGAGUGGAUCAGUGGAUGUCGACAUGACUCUUGUGUUCACUAAUAAAAACUCAGUUCCUUCAGCAAGCAAUGCAACUUCAGAAUUCAGCAGUGAACUCACUAGCAGCUCUUCCUCCCUGAACAUUGUAUCAGGCAGUGUUCGUGCAACUUCCUCUUCUUCUUCCACCGCUGCACCUAAUGUUACAGCCACCCCAACUGCAGCUCCAACUGCAGCUCCUAAUGCUACAGCUGCUCCAACUGCAGCUCCAACUGCAGCUCCUAAUGCUACAGCUGCCCCAACUGCAGCUCCAACUGUUGCUCCUAAUGCUACAGCUGCCCCAACUGCAGCUCCAACUGCGGCUUCUACUGUGACAUCCACUUCCACCACUACAACAACUACGACAGCUACAGAAACCACCACCACUGCAUCAACAAAUCCUCCUACAUCCAGUGAGGGAACCCUGGGUCUUACAUUCAGUCUCAACCAAACAUUUACAUCAGAUCUCUCAGACUCAUCCUCAGCUGCAUUUAAGUCUUUAGCUGCAUCAGUGGUCAAAGAGUUAAACAAAGUGGGGAAAAGGCUGUAUCCAUUAUCCUUCCUUCGCUCCAUCGUUAACUCAUUCACGAGUGGAUCAGUAGUCGUCAACUCAACUCUUGUGUUCAAAGAUAGUAACUCAGUUCCCUCUGCAAGCAAUGCAACUUCACAAUUCAGCACUGAACUUAUGAGCAACUCUUCCUCCCUGAACGUUAUACCAGGCAGUGUUUCUGCACAGUCAACAUCUUCAUCAAGCAGUGCUCCUCGGCCCACGAUGGGCUCAUGGGCAGUCUUUUCACUAACACUGGUGGCUGUGGCACAGAUUCUAUAGCCAGUAUCCAAGGCAGAUGAUCAAUAGCUUUUACUGGACUAUCAAGUGUGGGAAAAAGCAAGACAUGACAAGUGUGCAUUAUGAAAUUUACCAAUACAUUAUGUGGUAAAAGGAUAUGUGCUGUGUGUCAAAGAUUGAGAAAAUCUUUCAGUAUUUUCCACAUUUGAUGUUACAGUGUUUCAAUUCCAUUUUUAUUUAAAGUAAUCAUUACGAUUUUAAGACCAAAAAUACCAUAAUUGACUUGGCAAUUCUGUUGCAGUUGCUUUUCAUUGCAUUUGUUUUGUAAAUGCUUUAUAUGGUAUUUUUCAUUGUGGUAUUGUUAACGUUUUAAAAAUACAAGAGGAUAAUGUGCUAAAUAUUUAUUUCAAAGUAAAAGUAUAGUAUGAUUCAAAAAGAUACAGUUUACAGCCAGUGCUAUUUUUCAGUGCCAAUGAAGGAAGAAUUGUAAACACAGAGUGGUAUCAAAAGCUAAGGGUGUGGAGAUAACAUGAUCUUGAUGCUGGAGACCAGUAAUUCAUAUUCUGUCUGAGACCAACCAUUAAUGUCAGAGCUUUUAAACAUUUUGAACCAUGAACAUGAUCUUUACCUGACCAUUACCAUGUAACUUUGCAUAGCUAAUCAUAAUGACAACACAGCUGCCAUGUUAGCAUACUUUAGGGAAAACUUAUAGCAUCGAACAUCCAAAGGUUGCCACUGAACAUUAUGUCAGGCUUUUCAGAAUCACCCAGUAUCAAGUGAAUAGUAUGGCAUGGGUUUUACAUGACUUGCUGAAUGCUGGUCUAAAAAUGCCCAAGUACUGGAUGCGCCUGUAUAAGCAUGUAUCAUAUGUUAAGGCUGAGUCAUUACUAUAGUGGCCUGGAAUCAAGCUCCAGCCUGGGCCCUUUGCUGCAUGUCAUUCUCUCUGUCUCUUCCCUCUUUUUCCUCCACUGUCACUAUCAAAUAAAUAAGAAAUGCCAGUAAAAUAACUUAAGAAAAAUUCCAGGUACUAUCAUAUCAUUUAUAAAGACUACUGAUUUUAAUUGAUUGACGGUUCAUGUUGAAUACUGGUUCUUCCUGUGUGUCUAUGAAAACAGAAAUACUAAAAAUAUGCAUCUUUGUUGAUCAAGUAUUAAAAUGUUACGUUUAAAAUUGCUUUGUUCAUUAAAAAAAUGUUCCCUUUUAUAUUAAUAAGUCAAAAGCAUUACAUAUUUAAACAUUUAGAAUUAAUAGUGUGAUGGAUAUGUUUCAUAUCAGUUUGUGAUUGGAACUGAGUAAUUUUUAAAGAUAUGUCUCUAAGUGUCAACCACAAGGUUUAUGAUCUCAUAUGUCUGUCUUCACCACCUUAAAUCUUAAACAACAAGGUGACAGCAUUGAAAGUGUGCUUUUGAUUAUAGUCUCACAUAAGAACCCAUUAUAAUGAUGGUACCUUGCUGCUGCUUGGCCUGUGACUGCAUUAUCUGGUGCGUAAUCUCUAGAAUGGUGACCACAUCCUGCAUUUGACAUACAGAGAACAAUAAUAAGUUUAAUACGGUCAAAGCAAGCAAGCUCAUAGAGAUGGUUUAAUUAUUUCUUUAAUGGCUAAUUGUGUUAGGUUUGGGGUUUGAGGAAUCAUUUAUCUAAGCAAAAGACUGUGACUGUUUGUGCAUAUAAAAUAUUGUAUACAUGAUAUUACUGAUGAUGAACGUACAAUCCAGUUAUUUCUAUUAGCAGUGACUUGACAUUUUCUCAUGCUGUACAUGCAGUAAGAAUGGCACACCAGAAGAGGGCUGCAUUGCCCCGAAAAUGACUCAGACUUGUGUGUGUGAAUUGCUUUCAUAGUCAAGGUCACACAGCCCUAACAUUACUCCCAGCUAUGACCAUGACUUUCCAUGAAAGGGAAAAAACAAGAAUCAAUGGGGAAAAACAAGAACAAUAGAAUGAAGAAUAAUUUAUCUGAAUUUAUUUGCCUUUGAGGAGCCAAGUCUGUAUGGACUUUUUGUAGUCCUCCAUAUAAAAACCUAAGAGAAAGAAAUUAAAUCUGAAAUUACUGUUA